UCAAUUUCACCCCCCAAAAUUCAAAAACCACAUCUACACUACACAUCUCUCUGUAAUUAACCUUACCAUCAUCUCUCUCUCUCUCUCCCUAAAAACUUUUCUUCUCUUCUUCCCCCACAAUCCCCCACUGCUGUCUUCUUCAUCGUGCAGAGAGAGAGAGGAGAGAGAAAGAAGGGGACGCAACUCUCCUUCUUCACUGCAACUCAAAUACAACUUCAACAAGAGAGAGAAAGAAAAAACAGUGGGAGAGAAAUUAAGCCCUAGAUCCUGUUUGAAGGAUUUUUACUGGGUUUUAAAAAAAACUCAUUCUUUUUUUCUCUCUCUCUCUAAAUCGCUUGAAAACCCUUUAAAAUUGAACUCAAAUGGUCUUCAAUUUGAUGCCCAAUUUGAGUUUUUAGUUGAAAAUUUGUAGAUUUUGUUUGUUUGUUUUUCAAAUUGUAGAGAGAGAAAGUGUAGAGAAAAUGGACGGGAGGAGAAUAUCGGCAAGCCCUAGACCUUGUAGCGUUCGACGCGUUGUGGCGAAGAAGCGGCCCCGAGGUGGAGGCGUUGAUGGGUUUGUAAACAGCGUAAGGAAGCUUCAGAGGAGAGAGAUUUGCUCUAAACGUGAUCGUUCUUUUAGUAUGAGUGAUGCUCAAGAACGAUUUCGUAACAUUCGAUUGCAGGAAGAGUAUGAUACACAUGAUCCGAAAGGACACUGCCCCACAAUAUUGCCUUUUCUCAGAAAGAGAUCAAAAAUUAUUGAAAUUGUAGCAGCGCAUGACAUUGUCUUUGCUCUUGCACAGUCUGGCAUCUGUGCAGCAUUUAGUCGAGAAACCAAUCAGAGGAUAUGCUUUCUGAAUGUCAGCCCAGACGAAGUCAUAAGAAGUUUAUUCUACAACAAAAAUAAUGAUUCUCUUAUCACAGUUUCAGUAUACGCUUCUGACAAUUUCAGUUCCUUGAAGUGCAGAACGACAAGGAUUGAAUACAUAAAGAGAGGAAAACCAGAUGCUGGAUUUGCUCUUUUUGAGUCUGAGUCACUGAAGUGGCCUGGUUUUGUAGAGUUUGAUGAUGUAAAUGGAAAGGUGCUCACGUAUUCUGCUCAGGACAGUGUUUACAAGGUAUUCGAUUUGAAGAACUACACAAUGCUCUAUUCCAUUUCUGACAAAGAUGUUCAAGAGAUAAAGAUCAGCCCGGGGAUAAUGCUACUGAUAUAUACCAAAAGUACUGGCCAUGUUCCGCUGAAAAUACUUUCCAUUGAGGAUGGUACGGUUCUGAAAUCAUUCCAGCAUCUCAUUAAUCGGAGUAAAAAGGUGGACUUCAUUGAACAGUUCAACGAGAAGCUUCUCGUCAAGCAAGAAAAUGAAAAUCUCCAGAUUCUGGAUGUUCGCAACUCAGAGUUGACUCAAGUCAGUAAAACCGACUUUAUGACCCCGUCUGCUUUUAUCUUUCUCUACGAAAACCAGUUAUUCUUGACUUUUAGGAACAGAACAGUGGCUGUUUGGAACUUCCGUGGUGAGCUUGUCACGUCCUUUGAGGACCACCUUUUGUGGCAUCCUGACUGCAACACAAACAAUAUAUAUAUUACAAGUGACCAAGAUCUUAUUAUCUCAUAUUGCAAGGCAGAUUCUGAUGAUCCGAUGUCAGAAGGAAUCGCUGGUUCUAUAAAUGUGAGUAAUAUCUUGACGGGAAAAUGCCUCGCCAAAAUAAGAGCAGAUAACUGCUCAAAUUUGGAAGAGGAUUGCAGUUGCAGUAACAGUAACAGUAGUGGUAGUGCUUCAAAGAAGCGGGUAAAAGCUUCAAGGAUUCGUAGCACGCCUGCAGAGGCUUUGGAAGAUAUUACAGCUCUCUUUUACGAUGAAGAGCGCAAUGAGAUAUAUACUGGAAACAGGCAUGGCCUUGUUCAUGUAUGGUCCAACUAAUGGUUGUAUCUUCUUUUCUUCUUCGCCUUCGAAAUUGAAGGUUGUUCUUUGGGGACCCGAGUCUUGUAUGUGUCAAUUUAAUGUUUCCCUGGACUUGUACGAUUAAAUGUCUGUACACCAGUGCUUUUUUUUGUUUUUGUUUUUGUUUUUGUGAGUGGUCUAGAGCUUAUGCUUCUACUUUAACUCUUCCUGAAGCAUGAGGUACAAAGAUGUAAACCCGUCUAAUGUAGUUGUAACUAAUCGGUAAGUUCAUUCGUAUGAAGUUCCAGCACUACUUUUAUGUCAA